AUGGGGCGGUCUUCCUAUUAUGCCCUCCCCUCUCGCCUUGUGAUUGGCCAGGGCGCUCCCCUGCUCCUGCGACUGGAUGGGCCGGCUGCCCUUCCACCGCCCUACGCCGAUUUGGGGGAAGCCCCGCCUAGGCCGGUGCCUCGUUGGCUGUUUCUGCCGUUCGCUGUCGCCUAUUGGCUGGCCGGGCCGUCAGUCGCGGCAGCUUUAGAAGAAGUAGAAGGAGAUGUGACAGAACUGGAACUGAAACUUGACAAGCUGGUGAAGCUUUGUAUUGCAAUGAUUGAUACUGGGAAGGCAUUCUGUACAGCCAACAAGCAGUUCAUGAAUGGAAUUCGAGACCUUGCACAAUAUUCCUGUAAAGAUGCAUUGGUUGAAACCAGCUUGACAAAGUUCUCGGACACCUUACAGGAAAUGAUCAAUUAUCACAAUAUCCUGUUUGACCAAACCCAAAGAUCAAUUAAAGCACAGCUUCAGACUUUCGUUAAAGAAGAUAUUAGGAAAUUUAAAGAUGCAAAGAAACAGUUUGAAAAAGUUAGUGAAGAAAAAGAGAAUGCUCUAGUAAAAAAUGCCCAAGUUCAAAGAAAUAAGCAACACGAAGUAGAGGAAGCAACCAAUAUUUUGACUGCAACACGGAAAUGUUUUAGACACAUAGCUCUGGAUUAUGUUCUUCAGAUCAACGUUCUUCAGUCUAAAAGGAGAGCAGAAAUCUUAAAAUCAAUGUUAUCAUUUAUGUAUGCCCAUCUGGUUUUUUUCCAUCAAGGCUAUGAUCUUUUUAGUGAACUUGAGCCGUACAUGAAAGAUCUUGGUGCACAGCUGGAUCAGUUGGCUGUAGAUGCUGCAAAGGAGAAGAGAGAUAUGGAGCAAAAGCACUCCACUAUUCAACAAAAGGAUUAUUCUAGUGAUGAUACUAAACUAGAAUACAACGUAGAUGCAGCCAAUGGUAUUGUUAUGGAAGGUUAUCUAUUUAAGCGGGCCAGCAAUGCCUUCAAGACUUGGAACAGGAAAAAGCCAGAUCACAUCAGGCGCUGGUUCUCAAUACAAAAUAACCAACUUGUGUACCAGAAGAAAUUUAAGGAUAACCCCACAGUAGUUGUUGAAGACUUGCGGCUUUGCACGGUUAAACACUGUGAGGACAUAGAAAGACGUUUCUGUUUUGAGGUGGUUUCUCCAACAAAAAGCUGCAUGCUUCAGGCUGAUUCAGAAAAGCUGCGACAGGCGUGGAUUAAGGCGGUUCAGACCAGUAUUGCUACAGCAUAUAGAGAGAAAGGAGAUGAAUCUGAGAAACAGGAAAAGAAAUCAUCCCCUUCUACUGGAAGUCUAGAAUCUGGCAGUGAGACAAAAGAAAAGUUGUUAAAGGGAGAAAGUGCUCUACAGCGAGUUCAGUGUAUUCCUGGUAAUGCUGCCUGCUGUGAUUGUGGUUUGGCAGAUCCUCGCUGGGCCAGUAUCAACCUCGGAAUCACGCUGUGCAUUGAGUGCUCUGGGAUACACAGGAGCUUGGGAGUCCACUUUUCAAAAGUAAGAUCUUUAACGCUGGAUUCAUGGGAACCUGAACUUCUAAAGCUUAUGUGUGAAUUGGGAAAUGAUGUUAUAAAUAGAAUAUAUGAAGCGAAGUUGGAAAAAGUGGGAGUAAAGAAGCCACAACCUGGAAGCCAAAGGCAGGAGAAGGAGGCAUACAUCAGAGCAAAAUAUGUGGAAAGAAAGUUUGUAGAAAAGCAGCCUGCAUCAGUAUCUCUGCUUGAAUCUGGAACAAAAGUUUUGCCUCAAAGUCAGGAAGAGAAAAGGCACAGUGCCCCUGAAAAACCCCUUUCGGCAGGGGAACAAGUACAAAGCAGUGACAGUGGGAUCCAGCAGAGUGCUGAUGACAGCAGAGAACACCUUGCCUCUACUAUAUCAGCUAACAGUUUGUAUGAACCAGAAGGAGACAAGCAAGAGUCUUCUGUGUUCUAUGACUCCAAACAGCCUAGUCCAGGAUUGCAGCUGUAUCGAGCUGCCUUUGAGAAGAAUCUUCCUGAUAUGGCAGAAGCAUUGGCCCAUGGAGCUGAAGUAAACUGGGUCAACGUAGAGGAAAACAAAGCAACACCACUCAUUCAGGCCGUGCGAGGGGGUUCGUUGGUUACUUGUGAAUUCUUGCUGCAGAAUGGGGCCAAUGUGAACAUCAGAGACAUGAAAGGAAGAGGACCCCUGCACCAUGCCACGGUUCUAGGACACACUGGACAAGUGUGUUUAUUCCUAAAACGAGGAGCAAACCAGCAUGCCACUGAUGAAGAUGGGAAAGAUCCAUUGAGUAUAGCAGUAGAAGCUGCAAAUGCAGAUAUUGUAACAUUGUUGCGUUUAGCAAGGAUGAAUGAAGAAAUGCGUGAAUCGGAAGGACUCUAUGGACAGCCAGGAGAUGAAAUUUAUCAGGACAUUUUUCGUGACUUUUCUCAAAUGGCAUCAAAUAAUCCAGAGAAGCUAAACCGUUUCCAGCAGUCGGAUUCCCAGAAGUCUUAAGUGUCAAGAAGGAAAAGAACCUGAUCCUUAUAGUGCAAGUCUUUUUUACUUUAACAGAAUGAAUUAUAUACAUUUUGUUAGAUAGUUUGGAUAAAAUGACCACUCUAAUGUAGCUUUAGAUUGUGGUAGCUGGGGAAAUGUAUGGGUUGUUUUAUGUUCUACAGUACGUAUACCUCAGCAGCUGAAGAAAAUGUUUAAAAAAAGGAAUACCUGCUAGCUCAGUAUAAAAAUAGUACCCGUUAGGAAGUACGAAGUUUGUCUAUGGUUUGUACAUAAAGUUAGCAGAGCGUAGCUGUAUGCGUUGCAGACUCUGGAUGGCAGGAUGAUCAGACCAGCUUUGCUAUUUAGUAUCCCUUACCGUCAUCUGUCCCCGUAUUGCCAUGAAGAAUGUGCCUCUGACAAGAAGGUCUGGGUUGCAUUUUCUGGGACUGUUUGGAAGGGAAAUCGGGUCAUGACUUACUGAGUUGUCCCUCUAUUUGUGGGCCUGUAACUUAACAGAUUCUCUUGUUCCUAUGCUGACUGUGGUUAGAGGUAAGCUGUUAAUAGCAAGACAUGGUAACUUCUGCUCUUUUGCAAGCUCUUUUUCAGUGGAAGCUUUAACACCAGGCUGGCCUUUAUGCUAGUGACUGCGGGUCAGUCACAACAGGUGUAUAUCCUGGAGGACCAAACUUCUAAGAGCAACCUAUUUUCCUUUUUUUUUUCUCUUAAAUUAAACUUUCUUGCAGCAAGUAUACUUUUAAGUGAGCAUGUGGAACCUUUCAUGAAAAAUAAACUUAAUCCUGCUGGACAUGAUGUGGGGUUUGUUUGCAGUAUUUGGACAUCAAAGCUUGAAAUUUGAGACAUGAAAGUAAGUCUUGAGCCAAUGGAGUUUGUGUAGAGCAGUCCUACGAAGGCUGUUUGUUACCUUCUCUUUUUGCUGUUCUCACUACUAGCCCUAAGCUGAAUAUAUAACAUCUCAUAUGUAAUGCAGCCACCCUAUAUUUAGGGCAACCAGUCCUUUAUAUCAGGAAGCAGUAUCCUUUAUAUAAUCUGCAAAGAUGUGUAUGUGUACGUGUUGUCUAAACUAAGGUGUGCACAAGAAAACCUGGGAAUUUCACUGCGCACUUUUGCAAAGUAACGAAUGAGCACGGUCUCCAGCUCUAUUCCGAGGGCAGCAACGCAGUUUGCUUUGUUCAAUAGUGAGCUCCGCUCUGCUGAUGUGCAUGUAUAAAGGGUGUCUGUAGAUACACGCUUAUGUGUCAGGUUAUUUAAUACCUAGAUAGUAAUCACCUGAAGCCCCAAACCAGCAGAUGCAAUUUUUUAUGCUCUAUUUGUCUGCCCUAUGGACAACUUAAGGAGAAUUUUUAGGUAACAUAGUAUCGAUGUGAGUUUUUAACAAUCCUAAUAGCCAUGGCAUUAUGCUAACCUGCUGUUUAAAUGUAUUUAGGAAAUGAAUUGGCUUUUCUCCAAGCUGGCUAAGAUAGGCAAAAUUGGAUAAAGAAUUUCUGUAAACUAUGGUAAAAUUAAACUUUCUGGCAUAUUAAAUCUUAACAAGGUAUUUAAAAUAUCUAUAAUUUUGCAUUAAAUGUAUAAUAAUGCGUCAAAUCUGGAUGAUUAUUGCUGCAAAGUUAAUAGCAUUUUAGAAUUGUCCAAUAUAUUCUUUUUCCAAGCAGAAGAAUCUUACAAAACAGUUCUUGCUUUGUGUGUGGUCUAAUUAUGCUAGGAAAAGCAGAUUCUGCCCAUUUAAAGAGUGCAUUUAGUCUGAAUAAUAAGACACUUAGGAAUAUCACCUGUAAGCAGUAAUUUCUAGUAAGUUGUUUUUUUAAAUAGCUGUCUAUGAAAUGAUAAUAUACUUCCACUGCUAUUAAAUACUGCAGAUUAGGAUGUUUUAGUAGAUCUUAGAGAAAGUAAAAUUCCCGGUGUACAGAUGGGACAAUGCAAGAUAUAACUAUGUAUAGUAUACACUUUAAACAUAGGUUUUUCUAAAGAUUUGUCUUUUGCAGCCUACGUGACAGGCGGCAGUAUAUAGUGUGAUUGGCUGUAAUGUAAAGCUGCCUGAAGCUUAAUGGCGUAAUCGCUAUCUCAGUCCAUGCUGCUGGAAGAGUGUCAGAGACACUUACUUCAAAUCUCCACUGGUAUUUUCCUUCCUAGCCAUAACAAUCUCCAUGACAAAUUUUGCAGGACAACUUCCUGUAGACAAAAAGCUGCUUCCCUCUAGCUCUGCAGAUCCACGUGCUGCAUUUCCGACUCUCAUCUGUCUGGGAAGCAGUAUCAGUCUAUUUAUGCUAAAGGUCUAAUAACAUACCUGAUCCAUAGGUUGCAUGACUCUUGUCAGGAGCUUUGGAGUUUUAAUGGUUCAGGGAGCAGGUGUGUCACUUCUGAUCCUGUAGCCUCGUUCCCCAAUCCUUUUAGGUAUGCUAGGAUGUCCAGCAUAAACUGCAUUCAGUUAAAGCUUUUUUUUUUCAGGUCAGGUGAAUGCAUGUGUUAGGAUGUUGCUCAUCAGCAAAAAUGAAUAUGCCAUUAAGUUGCAUGAAAUGUGUCGAGGGCUUAGUCCUACCAAACACUGGCAGGCUCGGUG